AUGGAUAGUUUGAAGAAGAGCACAUCGGGUACCGCUCUCAAUAAGAGUUCUGGUAGUUUGAAAAAGAGUACUUCAGGCAAUGCUUUGAGUAGCAGUUCCAGCAAGGUAGAUGUCGUUGUACACGACUAUAUCGCUGCUCAACCAGGUGAAGUCAAACACACCGUAAAGACAUCGUCCGGUGAAUUGGCAUGUUACCUCAGAAUGGGUGAGAACUCUGAACAUGUUGAACUACCAUUUAUCGUAACCUAUCAUGAUUUAGGUACAAAUCAUGUAUCAUGUUUCAGUCCAUUCUUUGGUCAGCCAGCAAUGAAAACAGUUCUACCAUUCAUUAAUAUUCUCCAUAUUGAAGCACCAGGACAUGAAUACAACUCUGCCGAUAUCGAGAAUCACUAUCCAUCGCUAGAGCAAAUGUCACAAGACAUUCUAUAUGUUUUAGAUCAUUUCAAGAUAAAGACAUUCAUUGGAUUAGGGUCAGGUGCAGGUAGUGCAGUUUUAACCAAGUUUGCUAUUAACAAUCCAAAGUAUGUGAUUGGUUUGAUUCUCGUUGGUUCAGCACUCAAGUCAUUCGGAUGGCUCGAGACAGUCAAGCAUUGGAUUGGAUUCAAAUCGAUCCCAUCGUUCAAGAACCCAGAGAACGUUAAAAACUAUCUCAUCAAACAUUUCCAUUUGGGUGAACUCGAUACCACCAGUCCAGACAUCAUGCAAUCGAUCAUCAAUGAAAUGAAUAUGAUCAAUACUGUUAAUAUGUGUCAUUAUGUUGAAAGCUAUCUAAAGAAAGAUGAUAUCAAUUUAAAUGAUAUUCAUGGUUUAAAGUGUAAGAUUUUGGUGGUUGUCGGUAAAGACGAUGUACAUGUUGACGAUGUCAUUGAGCUCUUCUCACAUUUCAAUCCAUCGUUGUCAACUUUGAUUACAAUCCCAGAGUGUGGUGCACUCGUUACCGUAGAGAAACCAUACGAUCUCAUCGAGCCAUUCAAACUCUACAUGCAAGGUCUCGGAUUUUUACUUGACUAUUAUCAAUCAAUAGGUGAUGAAGAGUAA